UAAAAGUGAUUAUUUUCUGUAGCAAUAUAUAUUUUUGUAGUUGUUUACAUUCCCCUGGUAAACCGUUUCUACGUGCUUUACCUCAAAAUACGGUAAAAACUUGCAGGAUUGAAUACUCAUGUUUUCCACUUUAGCCCUGGAAUUUCAGGUUCCAACAUGUGAACAACUGAUUAAAAAGUCUGUUCAUUAAAGAAAAUCAUCUGGAAAGAAAAGAAGGAGAGAGGAAAGUGAAGAAAGAGCACUUGUCAGUGCUUUUCAUUUCUGUCCGAAAUGGAGAAUACAUGGCCACCGAAUGUACCAGAUACUCUCCUGGAAGUUUGUAUUCGUUAUUGUGUAAAAAAUCUAGAUCUUAUUGCAACACGAGAAAAGUUAUACCAAUGUCCUAAAUUAGGUACCAUGGAUGUUGAAGAUACAGACUGUUUAAAUGUGGAUCAUGAUUUGUUGUAUGGAAAGUAUGAAAUAAGACCAGGUGUUUUUUUAACUAAAAACAUGUGUGAUCGCAUGGUGGACAUCCUCACUGAGGAACAUGGCCCCCUGACGGAUGAUAUUUUGGCCAUGUUCUCCAACAGUCAAGCUGCGCAGCUGAGCUGCAUUGAUCUUCGACACUCAGAUGUCACAUGUGAAGGUUUGCAGGCACUCAGGUGCCAACCACUUACAGAGCUUUCCAUGCAUUGUCAGUGGAGCUGUUUUCCUGUUAUAAAAGCUCUCCACAGAACGCUUCGAUCUCUACGCCUGGACAAAAUGGCAGCUGUGGUGGAUCCUAUACACCUGAGACCUCUGGGUCUGUACGAUCGGGGAAUAUCAGGAGUGAUAAGUGCAGGAUUGGAACAAUCAAGGGAGUCUAGUCCAAUAUCUGUAUUUGAUGAGGAUAGCCAGUUUUUUGCACUUACUUGCCCCAAUCUCCGCAAACUUGUGCUCCAAGACCUGAAGCUUGUAGGCUCACCUUUAGCAGAGAGCUUUGUGAAGAUCAUGCUGAGCCCUCUGGGGCGGCUGACACAUCUAAGUCUGGCAGGAACGUCGGUUCAGCUUGAACAGCUUGACUGCUUUGGAACUUUAACUGGACUAGUCUCCCUUAAUAUCUCCAACAUUCCCAUUUCUGACUUCCCAACUGUUCUACAGAACCUGUCGUGCCUGUCCAACCUGAGGCAUCUUGACCUGUCCCAGGGAGAUGAGGAUAUUAUUCCAGUCAUCUACAAUGACUCUGACAACUACCUUAAAGACAUCAUGAGCACUUUUCCAGCUCUUGUGUCUCUGGACUUGUCGGGCACCAACCUUGCAGGAUUUGAAUCACCAGAUUAUGUCAGCCAUCGUAUGGAAGCUACCAAAAAAGAGAAAAAGAAAGAAGAGAGAAGCUCUAUACCUGGUCUAGAAGGUCGACAUCUGGAAUUUCUUGGACUACUGGGCUGUGCAUAUGCAGCUUGCUCUCGCAGCAACAUUCCGGCCUCAAGGGUGACUGGUGAUGCUAAUGCCAGCCAGGUAUUGCUGGCUGUUCAUGUGUACAUAGAUAACCAUUGGCUGCUCAUCAAGUCUCUCAAUGAUCUUUUUAAUCUUUUCCGUUUCUCGACAGUGCCAAAUCAUCGCAUUGCACUUGAGGCCAUCCUGGCAGCUAUGAAAAACUACCCUGCAGACAGUAGUAUACAGAUUGCUGGCAGUGCCUCCUUGUUCUAUAUAGCCAAAGGUGACCAGAAGAAGUGCAUUACUUACAAACAUAAAAGAGCCAUGAUAUCUCUCCUCAUAAAGGCCAUGAGAGAACAUCAACCAGAACAAACAAUGAUGAGGAAUGCCUGCUUGACACUUUGCCAUCUAAAUUUGCCUGAUGCUGUGAUGUUUUGCUAUGAGCGGUUAGUGGAUGUCUUGCUCUCCAUGCUGCGUCAUGACUACCGCGAUGAGUUUAUCCACCGCCUGGGGAUCUUCCUGUUGAAUUGCCUGGCAUGCCAAGUUGAUGGAAAAGAAAAGGAGCUGGUUGGCAACAUGGGCGCUGUUGAUACAAUGCUCAGCAUCAUUGAACGCAAGCUGAAGGGAGGUGACUGCGAUGAUGUGCUGGAAGUAGCAUGGAGCACAUUAUGGAAUGUGACAGAUGAGACACCUUCCAACUGUCAUAAGUUUAUGAUAAAGGGAGGAAUGGAGCUGUUUUUGCAGUGUCUUCAGAAAUUUAAUGACAAGCCAGAACUAUUACGAAACAUGAUGGGACUAAUGGGCAAUAUUGCUGAAGUGGACUGGCUGAGGCCCAAACUGAUGUGCGAAGAAUAUGUCAAUGUCUUUAGUGAGCUGUUGGAGUCGACAAGUGAUGGCAUUGAGGUCAGCUACAACGCAUGUGGCGUACUGUCACAUCUCUGUUUUGAUGGACCUCAAGCCUGGAUGAUACCAAGGCCCUCUCGCUCUGAGGUGCUGGCUAGAAUGGAGCAAGCCAUCAACCGGUGGCCAAUAAAUUCAAAACGAAAUAUUAAUUACAGAUCUUUUGAACCAAUCCUCCGGCUGGUGGCAUAUUUUGAGACACCACAAGUUCAGCACUGGGCAGUGUGGGCCCUAUGUAAUCUUACAGCAGUCUCCCCGGAAAAGUACUGCCGCCUACUGGAGCGUGAAGGCGGGCGAGAGGCCCUCACCAGGGUGGUCAGCUCUCAGUCCUACCGACGCAUCCGAGAACUGGCGCAGCGCACCUUGAACCAGCUGGACAUUAAAGACCUCAGCUGCAGUAGCAGCAGCGGUCAGGAGGAGAGCAGCGAGCAUGUGGCACAUGCCAAUGAGGGGAUGGAAGCAGAGGAGGAUGAGGAGGUAGAAGAGAGGAUGUCUGAAGAGGAGGAAGAGGAGGAGGAUGGGAGGGAGGAGGAGGACGACUUCUUGGAGGACGAGGACCAGAGACCAGAUGGUGGUGAGCUGGAUGGGGACUUGGACAAUGGGUUUGUGAUUCUGUGAUUGUGGCUUGUAGGUUUCACUGAGUUGAUUCUCUUGACAUUUAAUACUGUCUUCUUCUCCCCACUUCCUUACCCUUUCCUCCUUAAUCCUAUUCUGAUUCCAGAAAUUUAUGUACACAAGGAAAACGUUUCUGAGUGAUCAUUGCUAUGUUUUUUUAUUGUUUUUUUUUUUUCUGAAGUAAUGUUUUUGGAAGGUGUGGUACUGGAUAGGCAGAGUUCACUUAUUUUGUUGCACGAGUGCAGUUAUGUUAUUUAUAAACACGCUUUACUGCUGCACUCUCAGUUGAUCUUAUUUGUUUAAACUGACUGGCACUAAGCUUCUUGUUCUAUCACUUACUUAAAGGAUGAGAUUUUACUGUGCAUGUGUUUGUUUCUUUUUUGUUGGGGUAGUGGAGGGAGGAGGGAUGGGGUCUACUGCUAGAAUAAAUGAGUGACUUUAAACUGUAGUCAGAAUUGUGGAAGUCAAAAAUGGAAGUAGCUGUCAGAGUGAAUCUCUUUUUUUUUUUUUUUCCUCACCUUUCCAUCUCAGUCAUGCUCUUGUCACUUAUCUUGAAAUAGCAGACCAAAAAAAACCUAUAAAAUCUUCAACAAAAUAUUAGUGACUGUCAUAUUCUUUUGUUAUAUUUCCUUCAGUUUUCUUUAUUGUAUUUUGCGUAAUUUUCCUUCUCUUGACUCCUUGUGUCUCUUUGCAGAUCUGACUUCCUUCAAUCAUUUUUUUUCCUUACUUUACUUUCCAUUUGAUUUCACAAGACACAAACAUUUGUUUCUUUCAGUUUUUUCCCCAUGUCACCAGUUAUUUAAAAAAAAAUAUGCUUGUAUAUUUUUGUUGCAUUUGAGGAUCUGUUACAUUGUUGCACAGUUCUUUUAGUCUUAUUUUCAUCUCGUCUCAAACAUUUCUUGUCAUUUAGUUUUAUUUGCAAUGUACAAUUCUUGUUUCUGAAUCUGUAAAAAUCAUUGCAAGAAAGGUUUUCUUCGUUUUUGUGUACACCAUCUCCAAAGGUUUGUUUUUUGGUUUUUUUUAUUUUGUUUCUCUUUUUAAUAUGUGUAAUGUUUGUCCUGACAGGAAUUUUUCUGUCUAGUUUGCAUCUACUGGUCUUGUGGCAUUUUGGGGGGUUGUGUGAUAAAUGAACUCAGGAAAACAAGUGUUAGACGCUGUUUAUCUCUGCUGUUGGUCGGUUAAGAGAGGUCAUUUAACGGUGGGGAAGGGCCUCAGUAUGACCUGAACACCCUGUUGAACUGCUUUAACUCAAUGGACACUGAUAGUUUACAGCAUAACUCUGACUGUCAAUGCAUUAACGUGGUGUUACCAAAGGUCACAUUAUGUCUAUAGUUACACUCAAGAUCCAGUGUGUUAGCAUUUUCUGGCUUGACCUUGUACAUAGCUUUUGUUUUGAGACUGGACUGUAAACAAGAGAGGUGGGAGAUGAUAAAAACAAAAGGUUGAGUAAAUAAUGAGGUGAUAAGAGAUUUUCAAAUUGUACAAUUAAAAAGCUAAUUCUUUGUUAAACACUUGAUGUGGAAACAGUGGUGGGCUGUUAAUGGCAGACUUUUUUGCAGCAUUGUAAAUGAAUACUGAUGUUCUGUUGGAACAGUUAUUGAAGGGCCAGAAAUGCAUGCUGUUUACUAGAUUUAUUGUUGGUGUUAUUGUUUCUUUUGGGCCUUGAUCUUGUUUAAAGAUUCUCAUCAGGUAUGUUCUUGUGGGGACAGUUUGUUUUUGUAGGGUUCAGAAUCAAGCUGAAGCACAAGAUGUAUUUUAAGGUAAUAGUUUUCUUUGUGUGUGUUUGUGUGUGAAGUGCAGGUAGAAAAUUAUUUCAACAUUUUAGCAGUUGAUGAAAGUUCGUUUCACCUUUUCUUCCCCCCCGCCACCCUUUUCUCCAUCAUCUUUGUUAAAAUUGACUAUGGUGGAAAGUUCUUGGGAGAGUGUACUGAGUUAUAUGUCCUAGUGUUUUUUGGGAGGAGGGAGGGGUUGUUGAACAGUUUUUAUCAUGUGACUUACAAAGGAGUGACUGUUACUUUUGGAACGAGUUAUAAAUAUUCAGUUUGAAUAAUUUGUGAAGGGCAUUGACAGGGUAUGAAUGUGAUUCUCUUAUCACUAUGGGAGAUUAUUGCUUUUUCUGUGCAUUGUUGUGUGAUAGCUGUUGUUUUAGUUAAAUAUUUAACUAUAGAAUUCAUUCUUUUCAGUAUUGCAGUUUUGCAAGCAUUCUGAAUCCAAAUGGACAUGCAUAUUUACUGCACACAGAUAUACAAGCACACAUUCAAGUGGCAGUACCUGUUUGUGUAGUGACAGUCACAAACACACUAUUAAUAUCACAUGGAAAACAGGUUUAUCCAACUUUCAUCAGACUUUCUAAAUGAUUUGAGAAACUCAUAGUAUAUCACAUAUGUUGUUGACAUCACAUGGGUUGUGUUUAUGUAUUUUGAUACGUAAACAGUUUGUAUGAAGAUAGUUUUAGGUAGAAACUUUCACCUGUAAUUCAUUUUUUUUUUUUUUUUGUUUGUUUGUUGGGGAUUUGAAGGAGAGAUCUAGCUUAAAAUGUUUGAAAUGGUGGGUUUAGAACCUUAGCAAUGUUUUCACUAGCCUUUAUCUGAUAUAUGUGGAAAAUUUUGUUUCCUACAAGUAUUUAAAUCUUUUGAUAAGCCUGAUUUGUUGCCCAAGGCUGGCAUAAAGUCUCUUUUUUUAUCCUACAAACAGUUUAUUUGGUCACAAGUUGUUUCUUCCAGCUGAUCAAUUGCUUCUAUGAUCUACAGAAGUUUUUAUUAGCUGCGCAAUAGCUUCCUUCUACCUGUGGCUCACGCUGUAUAUCAUGGCAACCCUCCUGUGAACUGACUUUGUAGUGCAGCUUAUAAGCAAAUUGUGAAUAGAGCCACCAUUGUUCCCAAUGAAUAGAAAUUAUUUAUAUGACAAGGGUUUGGUUAGUGUUGUUAGUGUUGCACAAACUGUAACUGCAUGUUUUCUUGACUUUGCUUAAUGAAGGUUGACCUUAUAUAUCCGGCUACAUAUAAAGCUUUACCAUCUGUCAGAUUUGUGCAUGGAAGAGCUGAAACAAAAUGGUUUUCUUAAAUAAUAAGUAAUAAUAGC